UGAAACGAAUCAGCCUUACAAAUACACCUUGCGUUUGAAGUAAAUCAGCUGUUAACGGUUUCAUCCAAUCAAGAGCUUGAACGUCACCGUAGUGACGUCACUAGUGACAUAAAGCGAUUGGAUGAAACCGUCGACAGCUAUUUUACUUCAAAAGCAGCUGUAAAUAAAUCCUACUAUACUUCGGCGCACGGCGCGCGUGUGACCGCAUGAGCAUGAGCGAGUAUGAAUUUGUUACUUCUAAGUGAAACUUAACGUUGUUAGAAAAAGUGAAUAGUUCACUUAUAUUUCACAGUUAUUGGCAGCGAAGGGGUAGAUGCAAGUGCGUUCCUUGUUUUUAAUGUAGAUCUUCCCCAACUUGUGUGAAACGGAUUAUUGGGCAAUUUGAGGCUGGGAGGGUAGUUUUACGUACUGUAUAUUCUUACGAGGGAUAAGAUUCAGUUUGAGUCUUUAAGAAAUUUACUGAUAAUCAUUGUUUACAGUAGUUGCCUUAUAUUUGUCGUUAAAUAUGAGUAAUAGUGAAACUAUUUCUCAGAGUGACAUGUCAAUAGAAAAGAGUGACACUCUUCAAGAUAAAGACAGAAGUUCAAUUGCAAAUCUUGAUGUAGAAAUGGAUGAAAUACCACAUAAAAUGAAGAAAGAAACUGAAUUGGAUGCUGCUUCAAUGGAUAAUGAAACUGAUGAUCCUUAUGCAUAUUUGAACAGAAAUGAUUUUACUUCAGAAAAAUUUAAGAUUGAAAUACGAGGCUUACCCAAGUUUUAUGGAAUAAAUCAACUGCGGAAACUUUUGAAUGAGAAAUUACAGUUAGGGUGCAACAAAGUAAAACCAUUGAAACCUGGAAGUUAUUGGGCAUUUGUAUGUUUCCGUACUGAAGAGGAUAGAACUCAAGCAUUAAAUGUAUUAAAUGGAUACAAAUGGAAAGGAAAUGAACUUACUGCUCGGGUGGCAAAGCCAUGCCCUGAUCCAUUAGUGAUGAAAAGAAAAGGAGAAAGUCAAGGCAGAACAGGUGCCUCACAGAACAAGCUGGCAUGUGUGGAGAAUUUGCCAUUAGAAAAAAGGAUCAAGGAUAGUGUCUCUCCACUUUGGAACUUACCGUACAAAGAACAGUUAGGUGUGAAGGAAAAAGCUGUGAGAGGGGUAUUAUUGCUUUGGGCUAAGGAAAUUCAGAAACUAAACCCACAGUUGAAAUCAUGGCUGAAUUGUCAACGGGAAAAGUAUGAUGGUUUGCCUUGUGUAUUACAUGACAUUCGUCCCUCACCAAAACUUACGGAGUAUCGCAACAAAUGUGAAUUUACUGUUGGCAUAAAUGAAGAGACUAAAGAGCGCACUGUAGGAUUUCGAAUUGGGAGCUAUAUGGAUGGCAGUGCUGGAGUAGCUCCAGUGGACAAGUUGGAUAUUGUACCAGUUCGUAUGAAGGCAGCAGCAAAGAUUUUUGAGCAGUUUGUUCAAGCCUCUCCUCUGGGAGUUUUCUGCCCUGAGACACAUGAAGGUGUGUGGCGACAGCUAAUGGCUAGACUAUCUACAUCUGGUGCUCUCAUGCUGGUGAUUGGGAUUCAUCCUCAGAAUCUUACCCCUGAGCAGUUGGUGGAUUUGAAAGAGAAGUUAAAAGAGUUCUUUGCAAAUGGUGCUGGUUCAGAGUGUAAGGUGGAUUCACUUUUUCUGGAACUUCUUCCUGCCAGACCAUCAGCAGGCAAUAGUAAAACUAUAGAACAUUUGUAUGGGGAGACAAGCAUAUUUGAAUCUGUAUGCGAUCUUAACUUCCGUAUUUCACCUGAGGCGUUUUUUCAAGUAAACACAGGAGCUGCUGAAGUUUUGUACAAUACAAUUGCUGAGUUUGCCAAACUAACUCCAAAAACCACUUUGCUGGAUGUGUGUUGUGGAACUGGGACCAUUGGAUUGUGUUUAGCCAAGCAUUGUGGUCAGGUCAUUGGUGUGGAAAUAUCCAAACAAGCUGUUGAAGAUGCUAAAGCCAAUGCAGCUCGUAAUAGCAUCACCAACUGCGAGUUUUUCGCAGGGAGUGCCGAAGAGUUGUUGUCUCCCAUCAUCCACAGAGCUGUUCAUGACCAUGUGGUGGCUGUGGUGGAUCCUCCUCGGGCUGGCCUACAUCAAAAAGCUAUGACUGUUUUACGAAAUGCUAAGAAUUUGAAUCAUUUAGUAUAUGUGUCCUGUGAUCCUAAAGCUGCUCUAAACAACUUGGUGCUUUUAACACGUUCAGUGUCCAAGUCAUACUACCGACCCCCAUUUGUACCAGUAUGUGCUGUGCCAGUGGAUAUAUUUCCAGGUACCAAUCAUUGUGAAUUGGUUAUUUACAUGGAACGAUUCAAUGAAGAUACACAUUGUACUCGUGAAAGUGCAGUUGGGAAAUCAUCUGACACAAAAUUAUCUAAUAACAGUGCUGAACACUCGGAAUCAACGAAGAAUUGCAGUUCAAAAGAAGACAGGGAGUCUACAGUGGAAUAAUUUGUUUUGUUUCAUAAGGGAGGGGGGGGGAGUACAAGCUGGAGAAAAUAAAUAAUUUUUUCUGUAUUUAAAGUAUUAUAAUUUUGAGUUUUUAAUUCUAUCUCAUGAAAACAUAAUUUGUAAAUUGUUUCAUGUGGAAUUGUUAAUGAAGGUGUAUCUGUGAAUAAUUUUGAAAAUUGUAAUAAAGUACUUUAAUACAUU